AUGUCGUUGCCGUUAAAAAACAGCAAUGCACAAUCGACUUCCAGCGGUACAGCUGGAACCGAACUCGUCACCCACCCUGGCCGGCGACCUGUACUACAACUCCAAUUUACCACCACUGAAGAUUACGCCAAACAUGGAGAGGAUGUGAAGCAGUGGGAAGAGACGAUGCGGAGGUGGAAGCUCCAGGAGGAGGCGAGGAAGCAAAGAGAAAACGUGCCUCCUCGUCCUUCCAAAAGGCGACGGCUGUCAGCCCCCGCCCCCGCGCGUGUCCGAGUUCGAGCUCGAGCGAACCUGACUUCUGGUAUUCCGACCACAACCACUCUGGCUCAACCUGCUGUGACCCGCACUCCCCAAUCCUGUCAGCCUGUGGCUUUCCCCGUCGCUGCUCCCCGACCCACUGGAGAUGAUACUCAAAGCGCGACCACCGCCGGCGCCGUCGGCUCGUCUCCCAGACCCGCACCGGCCAGAGGAGACACUCAUACGCCUGUUACCCUCCAAGCUGCAGAAUCCAUCGCGCCUCCCGUUCCCAAUUCGCCCACCCCAGUUGCAACCCCGACCCCCCGGCCUGCGACACCUGCUGAGGUUGCGGCUUCACUCAUCGACACCACGACUGACAUUCCCAACUUCGACUUGCCCGAGUGGUUGCGAUACUUGGCCACGCCCAGGCCAUCCUCCCCUGCUCCAUACGCCACUGUUAAUCCGAUGGCCUUUGCUGUCUUUUCGCCCGCCCCUCAGCGCCAAGAUGCUCGCGACACUUGCAAGAAGCGUACCAGAACUACACGUAACGCCAAUGCCGCGACUAUUAUCCCCAUCGCUACGCCAUACAAUUACAACAAGUUUGAAGUCCCAGUCCAGGUCGUGGACAACGUCGAGGACUCUUCCCCAAUCGCCAUCCCCGACUUCCUUCCCGAUGCCACCUCUUCAUUUUUGACUGGACCCUCGGCGUUCAACCUGACUGACGAAAUGCCACAACUCGCCUUCGAGGACACGAACUCUGACCUUGGAGAGGCAGUGUCCUUGGGCAUCGAUUUGUUCGAAUACCUGGCUGAUGAAAUGUCACAACUCGCGGUCGAGGACACGAGCCCUGACCUUGGGGAGGCAGAGUUCAUUGACAGCUUCCUCGCCUCCUUUCUCAAUUUCUAA